CAGAUAUUCAGCCCGCGUUGCUUGUGUGUUCGCUUUCCAUUAAAAAAAAAAAACAUCAACACAAAAUAUGGACAUUUGAUAGGCACAAAGUAAUAACCCAAUAAAAACCUAUAUUUGUUUGGGAAAAUAUUUAACGAUUUUCGGAUGUUUUAAUAUCUCGGCGACAGGUUUUUCUAUCUCCGUUUACCGCACGUUUUUUUCAUUCGAUUCGGAACGGUUAUUGUUGUUUUAGUGAAGCACACCUACAAAAAAAUACAAAAACCACUCAUACACACUCGAAACACACAUAUACACGGUUGUGAUUUGGCGCGCUCUAGUGUGCGUGUGUAAAUACAACAAAAAGCAAAAAGUGAGGAAAAAAUAGGGAAAACAAGAAAUUCGGAGUGCACAGAAACAGAAAACGGCAAGCGAAACAAUCGUAAAGCCAAAAAAAGAAAAACAGCGCAAGUUACAGUUUUCACAAAUCGAAGACAAACAAGAAAAUUUCGUUUUGAUUUCCAAGAUUUUUUCAUGAUUGCGGGUGUGUGUGCGUGCAACAGCAACAAAUACCAAUACCAACGCGCGGCAAAGUAAGAAGCAGAAAGCCAGCGCGAAGCAGAAGAAGAAGAAAGAUGAUGUAAACUUUGUUGUAACCCAAAAAAAAAAAAAAACACAAAAAACAAAUAAGUGUAAAGCAGAGAAAAAAGAAGAAAACGGAAAAAGUUGUACUUUGAAUUCUUUCAAUCUUCGAGUGAUUUUAAGAUUUUGAGAAUCUUCUACAAAAUCAAAAUGCCAGAAACGGAGCAGGACAGUUGCAACAAAGAGUGGCUGCAAUCGCAGCUGAGAUCCCUGGACUCCAAGGAGCUCAUUCUAUUGGAUUGCCGAGGAUCCCACGAGUACAGUGAAUCCCACAUCCGCGGAGCCGUCAACCUCUGCAUUCCCAGCAUCGUCCUCCGGCGUUUGGCAAACGGAAAAAUCGACCUGGCCUCCACGAUCAAGUCGCCGGAGCUGAAGGAGCGCAUCCAGACGGGCUACAAGCUCUGCUGGUUCAUCCUGUACAACGGCGAGGGCGUGGUCGGCCCGAAUCCGGAAAUAGCUAGUGCCAUCCCCAUGGACUCCAUCAUCAGCACCCUGCACCGUCGCCUCAAACAGGACGGCUGCCGAGUGGUUGCCCUACAAGAUGGAUUCUCCAGUUUUCGCCAAGCAUUUCCGGAAUGGUGCGAGGAUGAUAACCAGGCGCACAACAAAGAGAUGGAAUCUAGUCGCAAUGUACAGACCGAUCAGUUAAUGGGUCUUAGAUCCCUUCGCAUUUCCACACCGCAUUCCGAUUCCGCGUGCAGCAGUUCGGCCGAAUCGUCGGAUUGCGAGAGCACCAGCCACCAUCACCACCACCACCAUCAUCAUAAUUUCAACGAGGCGCCCGUGGAGAUAAUUCCGGGAUUAUUGUUCCUGGGAAAUGCUUCGCAUAGCUGCGACUCGAAUGCAUUGCAAAAGUACAACAUUAAGUAUGUGCUAAAUGUGACACCAGAUUUGCCAAAUGAAUUUGAGAAGUCGGGCAUCAUCAAGUAUCUGCAAAUUCCGAUCACCGAUCAUUAUUCACAAGAUUUGGCCAUGCAUUUCCCAGAUGCCAUACAGUUUAUAGAGGAAGCGCGGUCCGCAAACUCGGCGGUGCUGGUCCACUGCCUGGCCGGGGUUUCGCGCUCGGUGACCGUGACGCUCGCCUACUUGAUGCACACCCGGGGCCUCAGUCUCAACGACGCCUUCACGAUGGUCCGGGACCGGAAGCCGGACGUGUCGCCCAACUUCCACUUCAUGCAGCAGCUGCAGUCCUUCGAGAGCCAACUGCGCCUGAGUCCCGGUGACGGACAGGCGAUGGACGAGUCCGGAAUGAUGAUGGGCACCGUUGUGUCCAUGGCACUGGGACAUCCUGCCACCAGCGGGCCCGUGUCCAAUGUUCUAACAGCGAAUCCCAGUGUGGUUGCCUCGCGUUGCGGACGCGGCUCCAAGUUCUCGUGCAAUUGCAUUGCGCCCGAUUGCAAGUGCAUGCAGACGGGUGGAUUUAUGGCCGCCCAUUUGGCCAAGGCCACCGGCGUUUCGCCCGAUUCCGGCAUCGAGUUCGACCGCUGGACCCCGUCGGACGCGGGUCUCAAAUGAGAGCAGCUGGGCGGUAAGAGUUUCGUGCUGCCGCCGAGUCAGGAGAUCCUAGCAGCAGCCGUCGCCACAUCGCCGCCGCCCAUCGGCCUGGCGGUCAAUCCGGACAACAUGUCGCCGGCCAGCACCACCAGUUCAUCCACCUCGACCACGACCACGGCGGAGGCGGUUUCCGUGGUGGAGGUUGUGCAGCAUCGCGAUCAGGAAAUGGCCGCCGAGGAGGAGCACAUCAAAUCCGGCGCCGAGGACGAUGAUGAGGAUGGGGCGGGCUAGAUGGCUGGGCGUUUCCCAACUUGCUGGUCACACAAAACACAUAUAUAGUACAUACAUACAUAUGAGCCGCUUAUUGAAUAGGGGUAUGAUUUCAAACUUUUAGAAAUGUACAAAAAGUCUUGAGGAAAUACCCAACGUACACAUAUAUUAAUUAAUACCACAUAAAAAAAAAUAAUUUAAUGUUUAGUACAUUUUUAAGGUCAAAUGCAAACAAAAUCCAAUGUUAUCCACACACGCAAACCAACUAAAACUAUACAAAAAGAAUGAAUAACUAAAAUAUAUAAAAUAUAUUUAUAUAUACGCAGUGUACAUGUUUGUAUUUAACUCCUAAGCCAAGUCAAAAGAAUAAAUAUAUAUAUAUAUAUGAAAGCCGAAACAGAAAUAAACAAUUAAACCUUAAACGGUUUUUCUAGGCGUAUAGUUUUAUUUUUAGUUCUAAAUUUUACUAAAACUCGAAAUCGUUUUUAAAUGUAAAGUUUGUUAGAUGCGGAGCGAAUGGCCGCGAAUGAAAGCCAAGCCCCCUAAUAUAAAUAUAUAUACCUACCACAUAAUUACCGAAUGCCAAGUCAUAUAAGUGUAAAAGUGAACUAAAAUCCCGAGUAUCGAAGAAUUUUUAAAAUUGAAACGAAAAAGAAAACACAAAAAAAAAAACACUAAAUGAAAGAAAAUAAAAUACAACCAUUUGCACAACACAAAUAA